AUGACGAACACGAUGCUGGAUAUCGAAAAGGCGCCUCGAGGGUCUAAGGGAACCAACACUUCGUCAAGUGCCAACGAGGCUUCUCAGCCACCAAGACCCGACACCCGUGUUGACGCCAACAGCACAAUCACUUUCAGAAAUUUGGCUUUCGAUACAGUCUUGCCGGCGCCGGCAGACGUCCUUUUCCAAGACUCGGCCGAGUCGCCGCCAGAACCAGCACCCCCGAACCUGUCACGUUACACAUCCCCUUUGCAAUGGCCUCAACCACGGAAAAAUCUCAUGCUGGCGCUGUCGUGCGUGGCCACGUUUCUCACCGCAUACACGGCCGGCUCGUAUUCUCCACCGUCUUACAUCAUGGCCGAUGACCUUGGCACGUCGCAGCUCCUCGUCUUGACCGGCAUCACAACCUUUUGCAUCGGCUUUGCCCUUUCACCAAUGGUGCUGGCGCCCUUAUCGGAGAUUUAUGGUCGUUACCCAGUGUUUGUCAUCUCCGGUGUUGUCUAUGUCAUCUUCCAGGCCGUCUGCUCUGUUGCGCCGAACCUUACAGCCAUGCUUAUCGCCCGUUUCUUAGUCGGUGUCGGCGGCUCGGUCUUCAGCUCAGUCAUUGGCGGCGUCAUUGCGGACCUGUGGGCGAAGGAGCAGAGAAACACCCCCAUGGCCCUCUUCAGCGGCGCAGUUCUAGCCGGAACGGGAGCUGGCCCUUUGGUGGCUUCCCUCAUGGUCAAGAGGAUGGGAUCUCGGGACGGAACGUUGGCAUGGAAGUGGAUCUUUUGGCACCAAGUCAUCGUCGACACCGUCCUUGUCAUUGCACUUGCUGUCUUGUUCAAGGAGAGCCGGGGAUCCGUCAUUCUAUCGAGGAAAGCCGAAGCCCUGAACGCGUGGUAUGAAGAAAGAGAAAAGGCGGGCUUCUACGGCGUGUGGCUAGAGGAUACGACGAAUCUUGGCGGCGGCACCGACACGGCCUCGGAUUCAGGAGGUGAUACGCAGGCUUGCUCCUGCUGCGGUCUCGAAAAGACAUCUGCAACUUGUCAAUCGAGCCGUCGAUGUUCUACCCAGCUCAAAGCCCAACGGUUGCGUUGGCUGGUCAAAGAGGACGAAGAAAGGGCAUCGAUCGCCAAGCUGAUAUCCAUGUCGGUCUCCCGGCCAUUCCACCUCCUCUUCACGGAACCCGUCGUCUUCUUCUUCUCCAUCUGGUGCGCCUUUGCCUGGGCCGUCCUCUACUGCACAUUCGGAAGUAUCCCUCUGGCAAUGUCACGUAGGCGGAACUGGGACAUUGAGCAGUCAGGCUGCUUCUUCUCCGCCAUGAUCGUCGGCUCCGUAGUCGCGACCAUCGUCGGCGUCCUCCAAGACAGACUCCUCCAGCUACCCCAGUGGCGAGCCGAAAUCCCCACUGACGAAUCCUCCCGCUUCUGGACCUUCAUGCGCCGCCGGUUCCCCGCAGAGGCACCCGAGUCCCGCCUCUACUUCACCUGCAUCACAGCCACCUUCCUCCCCGCAGGCCUCUUCAUCUUCGGCUUCACAGCAAGGGAAGAAUUCCACUGGAUCGCGCCGGCCUUUGGCAUCGGGCUCGCGACGUGGGGUAUUUACUCGGUGUACCUGGCCACGUUCAACUACUUUGCCGACAUUUACCACAAGUACGCGUCCUCGGCGUUGGCCGCGCAGUCGUGCUGUCGAAAUAUCCUCGGGGGCGUGUUUCCGCUCGUCACUGGGGCGUUGUUCCGGAAUCUGGGGGAGGAACGCGCGGGCUCCUUGCUCGGUGGAAUUGCCACGGGCUUGACGUUGAUUCCGUGGGCGCUCGUCUUCUUUGGUGAACGGAUCCGGGCCAAGAGCCGCUUUGCUAUUACAUUGGAGGCUUCGUAG